UAUAUAUAUUUCAGAUAUGGGAUUAUGUGGAGAAGUUGGUAAUAAAAAUGAAACAAAAAUUUAUGGAGUUAUGCCUUAUGUAGCUCCUGAAGUAUUAAGAGGCAAGCCUUAUACUCAAGCAGCAGAUAUAUAUAGUUUUGGUAUGGUUAUGUAUUAUAUUAUAACUGGAAGACAACCUUUUGAAAAUCGUACACAUGAUAGUUUAUUAGCAUUAGAUAUAUGUAAUGGAAUUAGACCUGAAGUACCUGAAAUACCUGAAUUGAAAUCAAAUCGGUAUAUUAAUCUAAUGAAAAAAUGUUGGGAUUCAAAUCCAGAUAAUAGACCAAAUGUUUUUUCAAUAAGUAUAUAUUGUUUGACAGAUGAAAUUGAAAAAGCAGAAAAAUAUCUACUUAGAGAAUAUAAGGAAAGCAGCCAAUUAACUAUUACUCAUUCACAAGCUAUUUACACAUCUCGGUUACUUAAUCCUUAUACAGAAGGACUUGCAUUUGAUUUUACAGAGUAAAUUAUAUACACUUAAAUCUUUUUAUUUUCAACUUUCUAUUAAUAAGAAACUUGUUAAAAUUUUAAAAUAUCAAUAGAGAAAAAUGGAAUUACAAGAAUUAUCACUUAUU